AUGUUUGCGGCCUAUUUUGAUCAAUUUAAUGUUAUUAAAUCGGUGAUUUUUACUAACUCUUCAAUGAUGAUGAUGUUAGCCGUUAUUAUAUCUUUAUUGCUAUUAGAGGGAAAUAAAUUAAUACCUAAUAGAUGGCAAUUUCUUAUUGAGUUUAUAUAUAUAAACAUUCAUUCGGUGGUUCAAGAUAAUUUAGGGAAGGUGGGCCAAAAGUUUUUUCCUUUUGUGUUAUGUCUUUUUAUAUUUAUUGCUAUGUUAAAUAUUUUAGGGUUAUUUCCUUAUAUAUUUGUUCCAACAGCUCAAAUAGUAAUAACUUUAGGUAUUUCUAUGUCAAUAAUAAUAGCUGUAACAUUAUUAGGGCUUUUAACAUUUAAAUUAAAUUUUUUUAGUAUAUUAAUGCCAGGGGGGGUUCCAUUAGUAUUGGCUCCUUUUCUUGUUGUAAUAGAGACAGCGAGUUUUUUAAUAAAAGCUAUUUCGUUAGGAGUUAGAUUGGCUGCUAAUAUAUCUGCGGGACAUUUAUUAUUUGCUAUUUUAUCUGGAUUUGCGUUUAACAUGUUAUCAAGUGGGAUGAUAAUUUCAAGUUUAGCCCCUAUGUUAAUUAUGGUAUUUAUCACAUUAUUAGAGAUAAUGGUGGCUGUAAUUCAGGCUUAUGUGUUUUGUUUAUUGACAACUAUUUAUUUAGGUGAUACUAUAGCACUUCACUAA